AUGGCUGCGGAAACUGCCCUGGGCGACAAGUCCCAGGCCGAUCAAACCCUGGAGACCCUGGGAUAUGUCCCGGAGCUGUCACGCAACCGCUCCACGUGGCACGUGGUGUUCAUGUGCUUCAUCCUGUCGUCCGUUCCCUAUGGAUUGUCCACCACGUUCGGUUAUCCUCUGGCCGGAGGUGGCCCUGCGAAUAUCAUCUGGGGCUGGGUGCUUGUGUGUUUGAUUAUUCUGUGCGUUGCCGCAUCGCUGGCGGAGAUCACAUCCGUCUUUCCGACAGCAGGGGGGGUAUACUACCAGACAUUUGCCUUGUCGCCCCCGUGGUGCCGCCGCGUCGCAUCCUGGGUCUGUGGCUGGGCCUAUGUGACCGGGAAUAUCACCAUCACCUUGGCGGUCAAUUUCGGCACCUGUCUGUUCUUCAUUGCCUGCUUGAAUGUCUUCCACUACGCCGAUGGCACGGGGAUUGCCGACAACUUCCAGGUCUGGCACACCUACCUCAUCUUCCUGGCCAUCACCGUGGUGACCCACGCCAUUCCGGCGUUUUUGAACAAGUAUCUUCCGUUGCUUGAGACCGCUGCCAUUUUCUUCACCAUGGUCGGUCUGGUGGCAAUCAUGAUUACGAUCUUGGUGGUUGCCAAAGAAGGAAGACACGAAGCGAAAUGGGUGUUUGGUCACUUCGAGCCUCAGUCCGGCUGGCCGGACGGUUGGUCGUUCUGUAUUGGUCUGCUGCAGGCAGCUUAUGCCACAUCGGCGACUGGAAUGAUUAUCUCGAUGUGCGAGGAAGUCCGCGAGCCUGCGGUUCAAGUCCCCAAGGCCAUGGUCGGAACCGUCGCCAUCAACCUCUUUGCUGGUCUCGCGACCUUGGUUCCCAUUUGUUUUGUGCUCCCUGAUUUGACCUAUCUGUACAAUCUUUCGGACGGCCAGCCCGUACCGCCCACUUUCUUGGCGGCGACGGGCAGCGAAGUUGGUGCUUUCCUUCUUCUGUUACCCUUGAUUCUUCUGGGCAUCAUUUGCGGCGUGGGCUGCGUGACGGCGACCUCUCGUUGCACCUGGGCCUUUGCCCGUGACGGCGCCAUUCCCGGUGCUGCGCUGUGGAAGACCGUCAACCCGCGUUUAGACAUCCCGAUCAACGCCAUGAUGCUUGGAAUGGUCGUUGAGCUCGUCCUUGGCCUGAUCUACUUUGGUUCCAGCGCCGCCUUCAACGCGUUCUCAGGCGUCGGUGUCAUCCUUCUGACCCUGAGUUACUCUUGCCCCGUUGCCGUGUCUCUCAUCCUUCGCCGCCGCAAGGACGUCAAGAACGGCAACUUCAACCUCGGCCCACUGGGCGUGUUCUGUAAUGUCGUUACCCUCUCGUGGACCCUCCUCGCCGUCCCUCUGUUCUGUAUGCCCACUUCCAUCCCGGUCGACCUCGAAACCAUGAACUACGCCUGCGUCGUGUUUGUCGGCGUCGUCAUGAUCUCCGGUCUGUGGUACUUGGUCUGGGGCCACAAGAACUACGUCGGCCCGCCCUCCGACGCCGUGGACGCUGUAGACUUCACCGACGACGAACCCAUCAAGACUUCUUCCAAUGCGGUAAAGACGCCUUAA